CAACAGAACAAAGAUGGCGGCGCCCAGUAACGCCGAUCCUUUGGCUGAAAUAUCCGCGCCAUUAAAGAUCCCGAAAACCGAGGCCCCCUCUCCGGAGUCGGAGGAUCUGAGCGACGGCAACCAGUAUCACUCGAACCCGUCCACGCCGAACCGCUUCUCGCCGCUGAACGUGGGCAUCGGCGUCUCCGGGGGCGCAGGCCGGAGCGGGGCGGCCUCCGCCUCCAACAGCUUCACCGCCUGCCGGGGAAUGUCGUGGACGCCCUCCGAGACGAACGCGCUGAUCGCCGUGUGGGGCAACGAGCGGCUCACGGAGGCGAGGAUGCAGCAGCUGGAGGUGGCUGGGACAGUGUUCUCCGGCAAGGCACCCGGGCCGGCCAUGUACGAGCGGGUCUCCAGAGCGCUGGCGGAGCUGGGCUACGAAAGGACCCCAUCGCAGUGCAGGGAGAGGAUGAAGACAUUGCGACGGUGCUACAGCCGGGUCAAGGAGCACGGCAUCGGCAAGAGGAAGAGCAGCUAUUCGAUCGAGCAGCUGGAGAAAGUGUUCGGUCAGGGGGGCUGGGAUUCGCAGAGCUGCCAGCCAGUGCUGAUCAACAGCAGCGGCCUCUACCAGGAGAUGGAGUCGGACAGCAGCACCAUGGAGGAUUAUCCUCAGGAGGAGUGGUGCAGCCAGGACCUGCCCGCCUUCCAGGAGGGGGAGUUAGAAGCAGACCUCCUGUGCUUUUCAGAGGAAAUCCGUCAUCCGAAGAACAGAAUUCUCCAGCUUCGACAGGAAUCGUCGGAAGACUCCCAGAAACAGGAAGUGAUGCGGAACGUGAUGCGUAUCCUGGAGUCGGUACAGAUCAAGUGGGAACACUUCCAGACGUGGACGGACUUCUCCCGGCUGCACCUCUCCAACAAGCUGGCCAUCUUCGGUGUGGGCUACAACACGCGCUGGCGCGAGGAGAUCCGCUACCACUACGCCGAGAUUAGCUCGCAGGUGCCACUGGGUAAGCGCCUCCGCGAGUACUUCAACCCCGAGAAGGCGGAGGGCCGCAUCAUCAUGACCAAGGUGCAGAAGAUGAAUUGGAAGAACGUCUACUACAAGUUCCUGGACAUCACCAUCAGCGAGGCACGCUGUCUGGAGCUGCACAUGGAGGUGGACUGGAUUCCCGUGGCCCAGUCACGGGUAGCUGGCUGCAGCAACGGCUCCCAGUAUCUGCUGCCCGGUGGCAUCCCCAAAACCUAUGGCCUCUAUGCCAUCGGCUACGAGGAGGUAAAGGGCGCCGCGCCAUCGGACUCUGGGGACCGGCCAUCGUCACCGGAGCCCAGCGAUCAGGAGCGGAGCCUGAGCCCGUCCGGGUCUCCGGAGCGGGACCGAGGUCAGGGGUCCUCGGCCAAAGUGACGUACUGCUACCUGGGCAUCGCCGAGGACAGGACGCUGCAGCAAUGCCUGUUCCAGCACUUUCAGAGCUCAGGCAAGCAUUACGGCCGGGGCGAGCCCUCAGCCGUCACCAAGUUCCUGCUGGGGAACUGCAACGUCCAGUCCAAGGAAGGGGGCUCGCCCCGGUCCGCUAUUUAUAUUAAAUUCAUCGAGGUGGAGCUGGACUUCCUGUCGGCCGGGUCCUUAGUGGAAUGUCUAGAAAUCGCCAUCGGCUAUUCCUUGAAAUUCAACAAGAAGGAUGCGUUGUAAGGCCCUGUCCGGACAUUGCGGGGACUCGAGGAGAAGCUUAGGGGCGGAAGGACGGGAAGGUGCUCUUGCCUUCGUAGCCACACUGAAAUCAGGGAGUCUGUCUGCGUCACUGUCUGGGAUGACUUGCAUCCCCAUCCUGCGGGGAGGAGGAGUCACGGCCAGUAAGUGGCUGUUGUCAGUUAAUUUUUAAAAACUGCCUUCAAAGAUUUUUUUCCUUAAUUAUUGUUUUCUUUAUGUUCUUGAAGUGUAACUUCAAAACCAGUGUGCCAGGUAAGAUUCCGACAUGAAGGAAAAUUCUAAUAAACACAGGAAAUUAUGUAUGAAUAUAUACAUAAAUUUAUAUAUAUAUACAGUAUUAAGUAUAUAAUAUAUAAAGUCUAUCUCUCCGUAUGCAUACAUGCACGUCCAGUGUGUGUAUGUGUAUAUUUAUGUAUGAAUGUAUAUGUCGUCAAGCAUUCCGGUAUUUCGAACACUUUGUCCGAAGGGGUGGGGCGGGGGGGAACAGUUUUGUUUUAUUUUUUUAUUUGUGAAUACAGAGUGGUGAUGUUUUGGUUUCCGGAUCACCUUCUUGUAUGUUUACAUUGUUUUGGACAACAAUAAAUGACCCCUAUCCAUCCACCUGCUGUUCACCGCACCUGUGAGUUCUGGGAGCACCGCUUUUGGUACAGAAUUUGGAAUUCGUGAGCUGCAAUCAAAAAUCAAAACUCAGCUCAAUGAAGCCUAAUGUAAUCUUGUACCAUUUUAUGGUUAUAAUUUGGAGGACCGAAAACUCAUAAAACUUUGUUCCAGUGAUAAAGUUUUGUUUUUUAUUACACUCUCCUGAACCGUUGGUCAAAAUAAAUGGUGGGGUUUGAACCCAUAACCCUUUGGCUAAA